UGAGAAUUUUAGCAUAUUUAGUUGGUUAUGCUAAAUGCAUUAGAUUUUCGGUGUUAUUUGUAACAAAUGAUUUGAGUGAAGAGCAUCAGUUAUCACCAGUUAUGACCAUUAGUUAGAGAACGAUAUUUUCAAGUGAUUUAAAACCAUAUGCAUAUGUAAAUAGUGUGUAAAUAUUUCAAUUUUACAAAUGGACGAAACGCACUCCGAGGCAGUACAAGUGGAACAUAAUGUAACUGAAGUAAAUUUGCCUGCAGUAAUGGCUAGUCUAGAAAUGCUCACAGUAAAUACAAAUUUAUCAACGUCAGAAAGCAAAAGACGAUCCAGAAGAAAACAUAACGUGAACCCGAAUGAAGUCCUUAACAGAAGGUGCAGUUUGAGACCCAGAAAAAGAACCAAUGCAGAGAUGGAGAAUGAUGAGGUACAAACAAAAACACAAGAAGGAGAAGUAGAUAUUAAAAACUAUUAUUUAAAUAAAAGCUUGAAACGAAAGUUAAACAAUUUGGAAACAAUUUAUGAAGAAAAAGAUGAUAUAAGUGAAAAUGCGACAUACAUGAGUGUAAAAAGAUAUAAACGUAUGAUACAGUUUCAAAAUAAACCUUCAGAUUGUAAGUUAAAGAAGAGAAGAGCAAAAAUUAAGAAGGUGUUUGGGUCAAAGAUUAAUUUUAAACGAAGGUGUGCAUCUAUGCAGAUGUUGCUUGACAAAUUGAAUGGUAUUAAAGCAGAAUCUCCCACAAAAAUUGAUGGUGAAACAAAGUAA